AUGGCCCGAGAGUUGCAGGCCGAGUUAAGCCCUAUGGCCGAGUGGGCACAAAGUGGGAGCAAGGCUUCGGUCGAUGCUUUGAUGAACAGCUGGUGCACCCGGCUGGAGAGCCUUGGCUCUCUGUCGUUAGGGCAAGCCAUGCAGAUGAAGCAGACGAUCCAGGAUCUGAGCUUCGAGAGCACCCUGUCAGAACGGUUGCUUGAAAAAGUUGAAGCCAAAGUUCUGGCAACGGCCACGGCUGCAACACCGCCGCCAGAUACUACAUAUACGCCGAACAAGCGAAAGGAGGAAAGCAAGCCGCAGACCUUGCUGAAGCCGGGAAACUUCAUCACGGUCACUGAGUGGUCUAUGCUGGAAAAGAACCUCACAGAACAGACGGUCAAGAAAGGCCUGGCCUUCCUCUUGGCACUGGCAGCCGGCGAGCUCAGUCAGAUGCCGACAUAUGAAGAGAUCUACGAAGAGGUCCAGGUCUUCAAGCUGCCGAGGCCAGAUGGCCAGGCCGCCGUGUCUGAGCAGCAUGCGAACGAGUUCCAGAGCCGCAUGGAGCAGUGCUUCGGGCGACUGGAAAGACUGCUGGACCAGGGCUGCGGUCAGAAUGCCAUCCAGGAUGGUGGGCGAAGGGAGCUGCAGCUUGCUGCAGGCGCCAAUAUCUUGCAAAGGACCCCUGGACGGAACUCCAUCACAGGAGGCGACCUGAGCAGCAGCAGUGCCGGGGUCGGCUUUGCUCUGGGCAACCCAGCCCAGGCGGUUUCGGCUGCGACACAGCAGACCUCGCCAGGGCGACAGUCGGCCUUGCAGCUGGCCCUGCCUCCAGCCGAAGAACCCGAAGCAACGGAGUCGCUCCCUGCCGAGAACGAUCUCGAGGACGAAGAUUUGUUCCGAAAGCUCAAAGAUCGCAAAGCUGGGAUUCUGAAGAAGCCGGCUGCUGCAGCUGCAGCGAGUGGCCAAGGAAACUUGGCCAAGAACAAGACAAAAACGAAUGGCCAAGGCCAAGAUCCAAAGAAGAAGGGCAAGGGCAAAGGCAAAGGAAAGUCCAAGGACAAGAGUGCUUCGAAGAAAGGCCAAGGCAAAGCAAAGGAGCAGCAAGCCCAAGGCUCGCAUGGAAAGCGAAAGUUCCAAAUUGUCUGGGAGGACGGCUGCAUCCAGAAGAACUAUGCUUCUCGCAUGUCCAAGCGAGCCGGAACGUGGGCAAAGCAGCAAGGCUUCUCGGAGCAGCAAGUGGUAGAGUGCCAGCGAGAGGCCCACAGAGAGGCCAUUCUGCUGUGGAAGAAGAAGAACGGCUGCUAA